CCGCAGCCAGCCCCGUGCCCGCUCCACCCAGCCGCGGCGGGCCCACGUCCGGAGCCAGCGCCAGCCCGGCCGGAGAUACGAGGAGGCAUCUCUACCUGAUGGCCUGGCAAGCAGUGGGUCGCCGUGACCAUCAUGCACAGUGGUAACGCCAGGCGUCCCCCGCGCCGCUACUGAACCCGGCCACAAGUUCAAGCCCAGCACCCCCCUGGCCACGCCAUGAGUCACGGGCCAAGUCCCCGACUGGCCGAGUCCCCGCAGCUAUCCAAGGGCAGCCUGCUGACCAUCCUGGGCAGCCCGUCGCCCGAGCGCAUGGGGCCGAUCGACUCGCUGCCCCCCACGCCACCCAGCGGCACGCCCUCGCCGGGGCCGCCGCCCGCGCUGCCCUUGCCACCGCCGUCCACGCUGCUGGCCGACGGGGACUGGGAGAGCCGCGAGGAGCUGCGCUUGCGGGAGCUAGAGGAGGCACGCGCACGAGCGGCGCAGAUGGAGAAGACCAUGCGCUGGUGGUCGGACUGCACGGCCAACUGGCGCGAGAAGUGGAGCAAGGUCCGCGCCGAGCGCAACCGCGCGCGCGAGGAGGUGCGGCAGCUGCGCCAGCGACUGGACGCGCUCACCAAGGAGCUGGCGGGUGCGCGGCGCGAGCGCCAGGAAGCGCAGGGAGAGUGCGAGGCGCGGGGCCGCGAGCUGGCGCUGCUGCGGGGCUCCCGAGGCGCCGCGGACAAGAUACAUGAAGGCCCAGAGCCGGAUCCCGAGCGGGAGCAUGAGCCGGUGCGCGACGUCGGGUCGGAGAGGCCCCAGGGCAGCCAGGUGCGCGGAAGUCCGGUUUGGGAGGAGGUGCCAGCCUUUUGCCUGGGUCUGGAAGACCUGGAGCUGGUGGAGACCCUCCUGAAGAACAGACCAGAGGAGCCCGAGGGCUGCUGGGAGGCUCGCAGCCUGGGGUCUGGGGGCCCUCGGGGCAGCUCCAGCCGCCAGGAGCGCAGCCGGCUACCCUGGGAGGACACCACCAGCACCGAGGAGGACACCUCCAAGCUGACCGCCCUGCGCCUGCGGCUGGACGAGUCCCAGAAGGUGCUGCUCAAGGAGCGAGAGGAUAAGAUGGCCCUGAGCAGGAACAUUGAGAAGCUGGAGGGGGAGCUCAGCCAGUGGAAGAUCAAGUAUGAGGAGCUGAGCAAGACCAAGCAGGAGAUGCUCAAGCAACUCAGCAUCCUGAAGGAGGCGCACCAGGACGAGCUGGGCCGCAUGUCCGAGGACCUGGAGGACGAGCUGGGCGCGCGCUCCAGCAUGGACCGGAAGAUGGCUGAGCUGCGGGGCGAGAUGGAGCGUCUGCAGGCCGAGAAUGCGGCCGAGUGGGGCCGGCGGGAGCGGCUGGAGACGGAGAAGCUGGGCCUGGAGCGGGAGAACAAGAAGCUGCGCGCUCAGGUCGGUGACCUGGAGGAGGCCCUGGCCCGGCGGCGGCGACAAACAGCCAGCGCCCUGGACUGCGACCUGCGGGCCAGCCAGGCGGCGCUCUUCGAGAAGAACAAGGAGCUGGCCGACCUGAAGCACGUGCACGGCAAGCUGAAGAAGCAGUUUCAGGAGAAGGUGGCGGAGCUGGCGCACGCCAACCGGCGGGUGGAGCAGCACGAGGCCGAGGUGAAGAAGCUGCGGCUGCGGGUGGAGGAGCUCAAGAAGGAGCUGGCCCAGGCUGAGGACGAGCUGGACGAGGCCCACAACCAGGCGCGCAAACUGCAGCGGUCCCUGGACGAGCAGACGGAGCAGAGCGAGAACCUUCAGGUGCAGCUGGAGCACCUGCAGUCCAGGCUCCGCAGGCAGCAGCAGAACGCCCCCCUCUUCGGGAAGAUCCGUAGCACCCGCUUUGGCACCGAGGAGGCCGGGGAUGGAGCCAGUGACCUAGAUGAGGACGAGGACCUGCAGAUCCAAGUGGCCUAGAACUUCCCAGGGCUGGGCAGGACUGGCUGGAAGCCACAGACCCCCAGGCUGACCAGCCACAUGAAGGGGCACAGCUGCCUGUGCUGCCGUGGGUGCAGACACGGCUCCCACCACGGACCAUCCCUCCCUCCAUGGCCUCACAGGACGCCUGGGGAAGGGACUCCUGCCUCAUGUAUGUCAUAUGCACGUCCAGGACUGUGUGGGCCCAAUCCAGGUGACCCCAGCAUCCAGGAUUUACGCAGGGUGGAGCCUGUCCGGGGAAGGUUGCUGGGGUCCCCACUGGGCUGCCUUGGUGGUCUGGCAGGAGCUGUUCAUAAUACAUGCGAAGAACCCAGUCUUUUGUAAUAAAUGGAGUUCAAGUUCUUGGG